ACUAAAAACAGCAUUAGGGAAAAAACACAGACCCUUUUUGUGGAGCAGCAUACAUUUAUUAAAGCAGACAGUACUAAACACGAUGGCUGAUGAGAUCCCACCGGUCCCUGAGCCACAGAUCCCAAACACUUCUGCUGCUGGUCGUAACCUGAGAGGAUGGCUUCAGGAGCAGUUCGGCGACAGGCCCCUGGAACAGUGUGAGGACACGAGUCUACAUAAUGCUGCCCAUGUAGGAGAUCUAGACACUCUCAAGACCCUCCUACAAGAAGACGGCUUCAAACAGAAGAUCAAUGAGAAGUUGAUUUGGUCCUGUGGCCUGCUGCCCUGCACGCCCCUGCGAAUCGCUGCCAUGAUUGGUCACAGCGAGUGUGUGGACUACCUGAUCUCUCAGGGAGCUGCAGUGGACCUGGUGGAUGUGAAGGGUCAGACUGCUCUGUACAUGGCUGUGGUUAAUGGACAUCUGGACUGUGUGAAGAUCCUUCUGAAAGCCGGUGCUGAUCCGAACGGCAGCAUUCAUCACCGGAGCACCCCAAUAUACCAUGCUGCACAAGUGGGCCGAGUGGACAUCCUAAUAGAGCUGAUCAGGUUCAAUGCUGAUGUUGAUAUUGACCAUCGGCUGGACCAGAGGUUUAUGUUCGGCACCCGCUCUUUGACAACUCUGGCAGCCUGUCCCCUUUUCAUCAGUGCAGCUUAUCACCACCUCCCCUGCUUCCGGAUGCUUCUGAAUGCCAGCGCCAACCCCAACUACAACUACAAUGGCCCCGUGAGCAGGGAAGUGCUGGUCAGAGGCCGGGCCUCCUGUAUGCUGGAUGCAGUUCUGAAACUCGGAUGUGAACCAGCCUUCGUUAGCUUGCUGCUGGACCACGGCGCUGACCCGUAUCUAGUCCCCUGGGACGAGCUCGAUCCUGACACCAUGGUUCGCUUAAAAGUCAAUGCUGAAGCCUUUCGCAUCUACCAAGAGGCCAAAAGAAACCCGAGGAGAUUGAUGAACCUGUGCCGCAUUACUAUCAGGAAGAUCAUGGGCAAGAAGCGUCUAGCGUGUAUCUCUUCACUUCCGCUGCCUGAAACCGUCAUCAAUUUUAUGUUUCACAAGGACUGAUGUACCUCUGCUUCUCCAUGUUGACGGUCGAUGAACUGAAGGGUAUGAGUGGCCACUCACUCUCCAGAACCACUUACGUGGAAACCAAUGACUUCCACAAGACUCUGGCAGCUGUAAUGGCAAGGUAAUGGCAUGUUUGUGUUGAUUUUGGGGGGAAAUCUGUGGAAUGGAUUCCUUGUAAAAAUGUGUUAAAUGGAGCUGCGAGUACUGCACUCUUAUUGUGAGAAGAAUACAUAAGCAUAUUAGCAAAAAGUUUUAAUAUAUGCACUGCUGCUGCCAUUUUAAGAGAAUUUUAGAUACUCUUCUUUGCACUGUGCCAAAGAACAAGCUCACCUGUAGUAAAAUCACUGUAACCCUGCCUUUCGUGGCUUAUUGCUUUAAUGAAGGACAAAAUUGAACACCAUUGAUGAGAGAGAAUCAUGUGAGUUUAGUCUUAUUUUUGUUAUUUUAGCUUGUGCCAACGGUUGUUACAGCACUACAGCAAUGACUAUUAAAUAUUAGAAUUAUGAUAUUGGUUUAUGGGGGGCCGUACAAGCCAUAAUUCAUUCUGGCACUCACACACAUACAUUCUCCUUUCACAUACAUAAAUUUUUUUUGCAUUCACACACAUGCAUUCUCCUUACACAUACAUAAUUUUUUUUUGCAUUCACACACAUGCAUUUUCAUUUUACAUAUAUAUUUAUACCUUUUUUGGUAUCCAUUACUUCCUCUUUAAGCUGGAAGUAACUCUCAGACCAGGAAAUACAUGUGCAAGACCUGUUCAGCUCUUCCUCACAGUUCACAGUUAUGCAAUACAAAGUCAUCCUGUUUUCUUUUCAAGUACAUAUUUUAAGUUUUUAACUUGAACAUAUCAUUAUGUAACCUACAUGUUCUACAGAUCUGUGUACAAGUUCUAAGACACUGAUUUUGAUUGUAUUAACAGGGCUUAACGCUAAAGAAAUUUGAGUUAAGGGGGGGGGGGUGAAAUGCUUGUUUUCACUCAAUAUCCUGUUAAUCUUGAGUACCUAUAGAGUAGUACUGCAUCCUUCAUAACUCCAAAAAGUCUUUAGUUUUAUUAUAUUUUUAGGAGAAAGAUAGUCUGUACCGAUUUUACCCAGAAAAACACGAGCGCCUAGAGGUGUGAUGUGUGGGCUGAGCUAAAGAAUCACGAGCGCCAGUAGGCUUUUGCAUUGAGAGCGUUUGGAAGUUGUGACAUUACCGUGAGGGAAAUAACAUCAUCCAAAACAAACCAUGGCUAACAGUCAGAUUUAGCGUGUAUUUAUGAUCCAGAAUCAGAUCCAGAGGCUGAAAUUUAAAAAGAGUGGUAUGUAUUGAAACUGUAUAUAUUUGCUUUGCGGUUUUGGAAAAUGACGGACUUCCACUUUGUCAUCUUUUAAAACAUUUUUUUUUAAGCUGUACAUGUGGAAAGUGCAGUUUGAUGACAACAUCGCAUGUUGUUUACUUGAUGUGCUUACGCGCCGAUAGCUAAGUUAACAACACAGAGAUAUUUGAAGCAGUUUUGCUCACCGCCUGCGGUUCCAACACACGAUCACGACCCUUUUUCGUUGGGACUGCAUUAUCCUUAAGAAAUAAACGAUGUGCAAAUCCGGCAUCAAACUGGGCCUUGUUUGUAAAACAAGAAUCUUCGAAAUGCAGGGAACAAACAAAAACACUUGCAUAACUCCGUUGAUGCUCUGUAAAAAUAAACUCCGUCCACUGGUCCCUUAAUGCUCUUUUUUUUUUUUUUUUUGGUAAUCUGUGCAGGGUUGUCUUGUCCUGGCAACCAAAAACACACUUCUUUUGUGACAUUUCGCUCUGAUCAGUGAAUGUCUCUGCUCUGCUAUACGGGAGCGCGCGCUCUUCCGGCAGACGUGCCCUUAGGACCCAUAUAAGGAAAUUCCGCUCCAUCUAACGUCACACAGAGCCAUACUCGAAAAAAACUUUCCGAAACUUGUGACAAACCAGAAGAGGUAUUUUUGGAACAAAAAUACUCCUUCAAACGUACAACUUAAUUUUGGAAACUUUGUCCAUGUUUAGCAUGGGAAUCCAACUCUUUAACAGUGUAAAAAACUCAGUAUGCAUGAAAUCGCAUUUCACCCCCCCUUUAAGAUUAUAACUUUUUCGCUAAUAUUCUAUCACAUUGUAAGUUUAUAUUAGCACCUUUUUGUUGAUUUCUCGUGGUAACUGAUAGAGCGUUUGGACACGGAAGCGCUGCUACGUGACGUCAGACUUAAGCGAAUACUCCUUCCGUUUCAGCUAAACGCCUUCUGUUUCCACUAUACUCUCUCUCGCACAUACAUACCUUCUAUAUAUGUAUGUGUGUAUAUGUAUGUGAAAGGAGAAUGUAUGAGUGUGAUAGCAAAAAUGUAUGCAUAUGAAAGGAAAAUGUAUGUGUGUGUAAGAGCAGAAAUGUAUGCAUGUGUAAGAAGAAUGAAAGUGUGUGAAAGCAAGAAUAUAUGUAUGUGAAAGGAGAAUGCAAGUGUGUGAGAGUGCCAGAAUGAAUUGGCCCCUCAUAUUGGUUAUGUGUCCCUUAUAUCACCUUCAAACUGCUGAAAAUUAGUUGAAAGUAUUUUUUAUGCAUUGAUAGUAGUGUCAAUGAGUACUUAAGCACUUUACUGAAGAAGCUUCAACUUUGCUUCAAUAUUUGAAUUUGUUGCAACUUUUAUGUUGGCCUCACUAAAAUAUUGACUUAAGCAAUGUGACUUAAGCAAUGUGAUGCAUUCUUGCUGAAUAAAAGUAUGAAUUUCUUUAAAAA